AUGGUGAAGGCCACCGAGAAACGCAUCUACCUCACCCGUCAUGCUCAAGCAGAACACAACGUUGAAGAGGACUAUUCAAUCCCCGAUGCCCCGCUCACGAAGCUUGGCCGUGAACAAGCUGCAAGACUCCACGCUGACACUGUGAACACCAUUCAGCAGACGGCAGAGCUACUUACUACCAGCGGGCUCCGGCGCACACUGAGUACCACCUUGAUUGGAUAUGCGACUUUGAGAAAGCGACUAGAGGAGCAAGGCAAGGCCGUCGUAGUGUUACCCCAGUUGCAGGAGUGCAACAAUCUACCAUGCGAUAUCGGCUCCCCCAAGGAGGUCCUCGAGGCUGACCCGGAAUUCGCUGGGCUUGACCUCGGUCUGCUCACCCCCGACUGGACAUCAAAGGUCGGCUUUUAUGGGGCAGAUGUUGCGUCGCUUCAGGCCCGUGCACGCUGGAACCGCCAAUGGCUUCGAGCACGCCCAGAGCGCGAGAUCGUCGUUGUCGCACACGGCGACUGUCUUCGAUAUAUUACGGAGGGCGAGAACUCGUUCACGCCAUGGGCGAACGUAGAAGUGAGAGAAUAUACGUUUGACAUAGAGGAGGGAGAAGAUAAAGAUGGGGAUGCAUGGCUUGUUCCGGUCAAGAAAAUUGUUCAGGAGGGCGACGACGAGCCGACGUCGUCGUCUGGGCGAUUCCCCAGUUGA